UGGUUUAAGAGUGGAAGCCCCCCUAAACCCUACUCUUUUCCUCGCCGCGCCUGACCACCACCUCUCGCACUCAAAAUCUUCUCCCUCGAACAUGGCAUCCAACGAACCUCUGGUGGCCGCAAUGGAGGUCGAGGCGAGAGGAGCUCCCUCCGCCGCGCCGGCUCCGACUGCCGCUCGCCCUAAGUUCGAGGCGUUGAAGCCCCACGAGAUGUCGGACGGGAAGGUUCAGUUCCGGAAGGUGCCGGUCCCGCCCCACCGCUACGCGCCGCUGAAGAGGAACUGGAUGGAAAUCUACACCCCCGUCUACGAGCAGAUGAAGAUCGAUAUACGAAUGAAUCUUAAGGCUCGGAGAGUGGAACUCAAGACGCGAUCAAAUACACCAGAUGCGAGUAACCUACAGAAAUGUGCCGACUUUGUCCAUGCAUUCAUGCUUGGAUUUGAUAUUGCAGAUGCCAUUGCUCUACUGCGUCUGGAUGAUCUCUAUGUGGACUCUUUCGAGAUCAAGGAUGUGAAGACGCUUCGUGGGGAGCACCUAUCGCGAGCAAUUGGUAGGCUUUCGGGGAAAGGGGGCAAGACAAAGUUUGCCAUUGAAAAUUCUACGAGGACCCGGAUUGUGAUUGCUGAUACUAAGAUCCACAUCCUGGGGUCUUUCUUAAACAUCAAGGUUGCGAGAGAUUCACUUAGCAGUCUAAUUUUAGGGUCUCCUGCUGGUAAAGUCUAUUCAAAACUUAGAGCAGUCACUGCAAGAUUGGCAGAAAAGUAUUGACUUUGAGUGUUAUCUUGUUCUAAUGUAAUACCUUAUACAUAACCUUUAUUUCAGGUUUUGUAACCCUCGAGUAUUUAUAAAUUUUUGUGCUUAUUUUUUGGGUUUUGGAUUUCUGCA